AGAUCAUUGUUUUUGCCUCUUGGUCUGGAUAAUGUGAAUCGCCUGGCAAGUGACCAUUGUUGCCAUCUAUUCUAACCCGGAUUUCAUGAUGCAUACAUGCUGUGUGACGACGCGAGUCAACCAUGACUACAUGUUCGUAUCGAGACUAUGUCGCUUGUGUACAUUUGCCCGUUUGUGACAGAUGUUGCAAAGAAGCGUUUGUAUCUUCGCGUCAAGGUGUGCGAAUAGGAUGUCUUGUGGUCUUUCCUAUGGGUUCAGAAAAAAAAGUGAUGAACAGAGGAUACAUAGGUGAGAAGAUAAGGGUGCUGAUAGGAAUUGAGGUGUUAUUGGAGAGUGUAGAUUGGAUAGCCUCAAAUAUUGGAAAGGAAGCAAGAUGGAGACUUUUUGGAAGACGUGUGCACCAGAAUUACGAUGGUGAAGUGAGAGAGAAUAGAAGAAUUGUCGGGUAUAAAACGUUGAAGAAUACUGUGGGAUUGAUUGAACUACUUGGACAGGCUCAAGUGACAUUUGCAGCUAGUUUCCUCUGUGAUGCCGCAGUGUUCAAGGCUGAGGGAGGGACAUGGAAGAUGGGAACAUGAUCGCCGCUAGACCAAAUGGGGCUAAAGCCAGUCGAAGUCUUGGCAUGACAGACCGCGGGGCGAGCCACACAAAUCUUUGAGUCACGGCGACGACCAACAAGUUCGACGCCCCAUAACACCACCGUACACAUCACCGUCUACGCUGAAACAAGAUUACGGAACCCCUCAAAACUCGUAACCCCGAACCAAACGCUGGUACCUCCCGCACACAAACGAGGACCAGAAUACCCCACAUCGACA